AUGGCUUAUCCCGUUACCACGCCCGACACCUUGGCGCAAGACUUGGACAAUGCCGGGAAUGAGUUCCUCGCCUCCCUCACCCAGGGCCACAGCGAUGCCUUUCAGGGCAUUGACACUCCCGAAGACCUGCGCAAGAGCACGGCGGAACUCAUGACGACCUUUCAGGUCAAGAAAAAACUCGCAACAAAGACACAGCAUAUAGUUGCGGAUCUGAUCGAGGUUCUUGUAUCCUAUUUCGAGGUGCUCAACCUCAUCACCACACAGGGUGUCACAACAUAUGCUGCCAUGGUCUGGGGAUCCAUUUUCCUGAUACUCAAGGUGGCAAGCCCAUUCCCCGCUCUGUUUGAGCGACUGACGCUGCUGUUGGCCGACGUGUCGACAUGCAUUCCUCAAUAUCGGAAGCUUCUGGAACUCAUCGGUUCCGACAUGUCUUUGCGCGGGCUUUUGUUUCCCAGUGAUAAGCUGAAUUGGUCGCUGCGCGCCCUAUAUCGCCAUAUCUUCGGGCUCUUUGGCGAUAUAGCCAGAGUGUUUGUCCCAAACGACCAACAUGAACUGAUCCGUCGCAUCGAAAGAUGGCUGAGUGCUCCGUCCUAUGUCGAUGCUCUUAAUCGAGCCAGCUCUCUUCGACAAAGCGGCACGGCGGACUGGCUGUUUGAACACUUGACAUACAAGUCUUGGUCGGAGUAUUCCCACGAGGAAGAUGGACUGUACGAGUUGACUGGCCCGGUCCUCUGGAUCAGAGGAACUGGCAAGACCGUCCUCGCCGCUGCCACGAUCGUCAACCUCAAAACGUCAGUGGAUCCAACGAAUCAUCACUCGAACCUUCUCUCCUACUACUUCUUUGAUCAAGGAUAUCCGUCGCAUAACACCAUUCGUUCCGCGUACGCGUCAAUGCUGUCCCAAGCGCUUACAAAGUGGACACAGUUUCCCGGCAUCCUUGAUUUGUUCAGCUUUGCCAUGACUCGACGUACUCCAGGACAAGAUCGCGCAACAGUUGGAGACAUGGCUGAUAUAACCAAGCUUUUGAGACCACUCUUCACCAAGUGGUAUAUGAUCAUAGACGCUGUGGAUGAGUGCGAAUCCCCUGAAGCCUUCCUGAAAUGUCUUUUGGACCUAGACUCGAAACAUGAGCCCCAGGUUCUGCUGUUCGGCAGACCAAACAUUAGCUUCCUGAGCCGGAAUGUACCUGAGAGCGACCGGAUCACCGUCAACACCGAGCUUGUAAAUCCAGAUCUACGCCGAUUCUUCUCGGAGCAUCUUACGGAGAUGGUUCGGACUAACCUCUUGGACCACGGCACAAACCUUGAGGAGCUCAUGGGUCACCUUCUCAUAGGCGCUGAUGGAACGUUCCAAUGGGCACAGCUGAUGGUUGCUUACUUGAAGUCAGAGGCUCUACCAAGACAAACUCGACCUAGUCUGAUCAGGAGUCUGAGAGGGCCUGAAAGGCUCGAAGAUAUGUAUAUGCGUAUACUUACUGCGAUUGCAUUGAGGUCACGAGUCGAGAAGUUCUUCGCGAGGCGCAUGUUUAUGUGGAUUCUCGUCGGCAAAGGUGUCGGCCGUCUCGAUCAACUUGAGGACCUGCUUCAAACGCUGAGGGAACAGAAGGCCUCAAGCCUCUCUGCGGAGGAGCAAAGAGCCUCUGCAUACAUGCUCGACAAUUUCGAGCCCUGCAUAGUGAGGGUAUGUUCGGGCUUGGUCGAGGUGCGAUGGUCGCAUGCACUUCGGAGCAAGAUUUGUCGGUUCGCGCAUUCCUCCGUCCAUGAGUUCUUUCAACGGAAAUGUUCUCGGACGAGCGUUGACGCUGAUGGGAUGGGAGUCACUGGUUACCUCCAUCCUUCCACCUUCGAGGCAGAAUCCGAGCUGUUGACUGAAUGCUUUCGUUAUCGCCACGCCUGGCAACACCAAGAGUCACUUUCCGCAAACACUGUGGGGGCAGCGUCGAGCACAUCUUUGGACGAAACGCGACCAUUUCUGAGGUACGCCACGCUGGACUGGAGAGCACACCUGGUUCAACCACCAGAUGCUGCCGGAGCGACACUUGCCGCCCUUUUGCAAGCGUUGGGGGGGUUUCUCGCGGACAGCUCCGGAAUGGUGUCGUGGGUCGAAGCCCUUUACACGUACCGGGCAGAUAUCAGGAAAAUCAACGAUGGACUAGGUCGAUGGGCGUCCAAAGCGUCUACAUCGUACUCUGGCCCAUAUUCCGAGACCGUCAAGCAGACUGCGCAACAGGUGCUUGCUUUGGUCAAGGAUCUUGGUUAUCUGGACAAGGUGUGGAGGGCGAAGCUAUCAAGAAAUCCUGCUCUCUUGCGGAGUAACAUCUCCGCCUUUAGUAAGAGUGCAUUUUUCGCACCGCUUCGGCCUGUGGCGCCCGCGACCGUCCUGCAAGUGGCGUCUACGACGGAUCAGGAGAGGAUAUCAAGCCUGACCUCAGCUCCCCUGCGCCAAGUAUCCCGUGAGAAACCCGGCGGGGGGUCCACUGCCACUCUGAAGAUUUGGUGUCCGGCAGUCUCCAGCAGUAUCAAGCCACAGAGCUCCUCGCCCGCUGACGGAGUGACCAAUGCAAUGUAUCGUGGAUGGAUUGCUCAAUUUGAGAUCUGGGCCACAGCAGCCGCCGAGCCUGUCCUCAUGCAACGGUGGGAUUUCCCUUUGGACGAACAGGAGGUUUCAUGCCAUAUGGCACCUAUUCUGGGCGCGACCAUUCCGUGCGGCGGAUCUGUCAAUGCAGCAUCCUACGCAGCCGAUGAUAUCCCAGCGUUUCCCAUGAGUAUCGGGGAACAGUUCGAUUUGAUCACUGUGCUUUAUACGGUGUACGUGCUCGACCGACAACAAGCACGCCUACCCGAUACUGGGGAGCCAAAGAACCAUGGCUGGCUGCGCAGUUCCCUCCCUAUUGGCUGUGACGCGAGGUCACUUUCGGUCUAUCAACCGGUGGGCAGGGGCGUUGAAGACCGUCGCAAAGUCUUCACGACCACCCGGCCGGCCUCGUCGCACAUGUUCACACAUAAUAACCUGGUCAUCUAUCAAGGCGUAUCCAACAGCAACUAUGAUCAAGGACUGGGCCAGUACGGCAGUCGGGUUGUGAAUGAAAGCUGCUUCAUGGUAAUCUUCCAGACCCAGGUCAAUGCUGUUGAAAUCAGCAUCAAAACGAUCGCCAUCCUGGACGGCCUUGAUUUUGCCAACGCGUUCAACAGCUGCAGCUUCCACCCGACCCUGCCGUUGGUGGCCCUCAUCUGGCACACGAGGAUCUUCGUGCGCAGUGCUGCGGUGUGGAGUUUUGCAUCCCCGAGCGUAGUCCGGCGACAUGGCGUCAACAUUGUCACGCCGGUUGAUUUCCAGGAUGGCAACGGGGUGCCCACAUGCGAAGUGCUUGUUGACUGCGGUCCAAUAGCCCGAGUGCAGUUUUCAGGAUGCGGCAACAGAUUGCUGGUCGACCUGCUCUCCCACCAUUCCCAGGGACUUGUUGAUUUACGAGACACUCCUACGUAUCACGCGGCGGUGGCCGAGCACGAAAGGUCGCAAGAGCACAGGGUCGAACAGCGACCCGGCCACUCUCAGAAUCCUUGGCCUCUGCGUCAAGGGCGGUCCCGUCGCGCUGGGCCGGCGAAUGCGAAGCAGCAGGACGGAGUCGCGGGUUCGCGAGACGCCAGCUUUGUUCCUGUUGCACCCAGACGCGGUCAGAAUGUGCAGACUAUGGGCCUGCCAGACCAUAAUGUGAGUCCUGGCGGCGAUCAAAUGGUACUGUGGUCUCAGCCAGCAUCAGAGAUCAUGGAGCCCUGCGCUGUCAUUGUUCAGUCACCCGCAACUAGACAGGACAAAAUCGACUUCAGCGCGACUCAGGUUCAAGAGCUGUGUCAGAACCGGCGUGUGAACCUGACAUCGUCGUCGCCGCCGCCGCAUCCCAUGGGCCUCCCAAACAACAUCGGAGCAAGAGCUCCCAGGAGGAAAUCGGGCCUCGAAUAUCAGAGUGACCGAGCGCCGACAGCACGCUAUACCAUGGGAGAGUUAACGACAAUCCUAGAGCCAACGGUGAUCACGCAGGGCGUCCAGGCAAGAGAACCUGCCUUCGCGGCAAUCAUGGACUCUGACUAUUGCCCAAUGGCUACACCAUUUCCUUGCACCAGUGAAGCAAAUGUUGAGCCAUCGUCACUGGUCAUGUGGACCGGUGCACCAGUACCUGCGCCACUUCUCAGCACAACGAGUACGAUGGACUAUGUGCAUGACCAAGCGCCGCCGACCCCUCACUAUGACUGGGUGGGUGCCACAGUCAUGGACGAAGGUUGGGGGGGAGAACGAGUAGCGGAAGGGCAGCAGCAGCAGAGUCUUUAUUAUUACGCCCAGCAGAACGAAAGCCCGAAUGGUGAUGUUGGCACGGUGACUGGGCCUUUGUCUUCUGUGCGUUUCCCAGAGCAGAAUCACCUGCAAAUGGAGUGGCAAAUGCCAAUGCCCUUGCAAUGUCAACAGCAAUACCAGCAGGAGUACCAAGAUCAAAGCCAAUCUGCGCCCAGCGAAGAUGGAGUCUCGCGUCGGAAAAGGCUUGCAUCGGUUCUGGAUGUGAGCAGGGGACAUGGACGGGUGCGGUCUCAGGGACAGUCUCGGGGACAGGGCGACGGGCAGGGACCGAGUUCAGGAGGGCGUGUCGAGGCAGCGGAAGCGACAGCGUUCAAGAGGAUUUGUUUUUGA